UCCUUGGUCCUCUCUCGACCAAUCUCGUUCGUGCUCUGAUCUUUCGCUCAUCUUCUUUGAUGGCGCGAUUGCUCUGCGGCCGAACCCUACCCGGGGCCUCGCACCCCGUGGCCGCGCCUCUCGGCCUCCGCGGCCUCUGCAGCCGCUCCGAACGGCCGCAGCUUAUCGACGUGGAGCUCCAGGCGGAGGACUUCCCCCCGGAGAUCGAGGUCCUCGGCAUGCGCCGCCUUGAGGACGUCAUCCACGCCAUCGUAGUCCGUAGAUCCGCCCCUUAUUGGUUACCCUUCCUCCCUGGCUCCUCCUACUGGGUACCGCCCCGCAAUCGCCACCGUGGCGUCGCGGAGCUCGUCAGCAGGCUCGCCAACCCGAUGACGGCGGAGGAGAUCAUGUCGUUCACUACUGAUCGUGGCUGGCCCUCUUCAGCUUAUUUCGUUGAAGGUGUAUCUCCGCAACCAGUAAAGAAGAAACGAGAGAGGACCAAGGCGCAAUCUGAUGACGAAGAAAGCUAAUCGUCAACCGACAGCCACCGGAGACAGGCUCUUCUAUUCAGCCACGAAGUAUAUAUUUAGAUGAUGGAAACACAGUUGGUAGAGUUGAUGCAAACUAAACACAGUUGGUAGAGUUGAUGCAAACCAGUCCUGUUUUCUCUUCCAUACUGCAGCAGCCUGUAGUAGAACUUUUCCCACAUGUAAUCCAAAGUAGGUUGAUUAACUCUUUAUAAUUGGAUGAACUUAACUAUAAGAAUUAAGAUAUUAGAAGAUUUAGAUGAUCAAAUACGAGUAACACUGUGAAUUUUGAUGUA